AUGUUCUGCCUGAGUAAUUUCAGUGUUUUAAUUUCAUGCAUGCUCCUCUUGAUCAUCCAGCCAGGUCAUGGGUCUGAAAUUAUUGAAGGGAAAGAAGUCAAGCCACACUCAUUGCCUUUCAUGGCCCAUGUGGAAAGCAAAAAAUCUUUCUGUGGAGGGACGUUAAUCCAUCCACAAUGGGUCCUGACAGCUGCACACUGCACCAAUAUGACUCAGGUGACCCUGGGAGCACACUCAAUCAGGAAUAAAGAAAAAGAUUCUAAGCAGGUCCAAACAGUUGAUAAACGUUUUCCUCAUCCUGACUAUUACAAGGCAAUCAAGGGCAAUGACCUCAUGUUGCUCAAGUUGAACAAACCAGUAAAGCUAACCAAGACAGUGAAAUGUCUCCAGUUAGCCAAAACUGUCAAGGACCCUCCAGCUGGAAGCAAGUGUCUGGUGGCUGGAUGGGGAAAAACUGAAAACAACAAAACAUCAGAUGUUCUCCUGUCUGUCAAUGUGACUGUGGUCAGUAGACAGACAUGCAACUCUCGUGAUUAUUACAACCACAACCCCGUUAUCACCAGUGACAUGAUAUGUGCUGGUUCAAAUGGUGAAAAAAAGGCUGAUACCUGUCAAGGGGAUUCAGGAGGACCACUCGUGUGCAACGGGGUGCUGGUUGGAGUCACUUCUUUCGGACGAGGUUGUGGUAUCAUUAAAAAACCUGGAGUCUACUCAUUUCUCUCAGAGAAACAACUCAAGUGGAUCAAAAAAACAAUGCAAUCCUUAGAAAUGUUAUGA